AGGGAAAAAUAAAGAGAGAGAGAGAGAGAGAGAGAGAGAGAAUAGAGAGUGGGAAGUGGCAAUGGAGGCAUCAGAAUCAUCAUCACAACAUAACUCAUGAACAACAACAACGACACCCAAGUGCUCCACUUCUCCACUACCUUCUUCUUCUUCUUCUUUCUUCAAAACCCAACAAGAACAUCUCUUUAGGGUUUCACUUCACUUUUUCCUACUGGGAAACAUGCAUUGCUCAAUGUGGUAACUGAUGAUAAUUGGUCGUAGAAAAGUUUCUAUGAGAUUCUUAUCUGAUGACUUCUGUUCACUCUAGUAUCGGGGAGAUAAUAUGGACAUCUAAAAGAGUGGGUUUUGUGUUUCGAAAUUAGUUAAGUGAACAAAAAAUGGAUUUUGUAAGGUCCUUGUUGAAGAAAUUCAAGUCCAAAGAGAAGGUGAAGUCUUCCAAGAGCAGGGAUACAAGAGGUAAUGGGAAAGAUGCGUCAAAAACACCAACAACAACGGAAGAAGUACCUUCAAAUGUUACCAAGCAGAAGGUUGCAGCUGCAAAGCAGUACAUCGAGAAUCAUUACAAGAAGCAAAUGAAAAGUUUGCAGGAGAGGAAAGAGCGACGUGAUAUACUAGAAAAGAAGUUGGCGGAUGCUGAAGUCUCUGAGGAAGAGCAAAACAACUUGCUAAAGUACUUAGAGAAGAAGGAAACAGAAUAUAUGCGCAUUCAGAGGCACAAGAUGGGUGCUGAUGAUUUUGAGCCAUUGACAAUGAUAGGAAAGGGUGCAUUUGGUGAGGUUAGAAUCUGUAAGGAGAAAGCAACUGGUCAAGUCUAUGCAAUGAAGAAGCUUAAGAAAUCAGAAAUGCUUCGGAGAGGCCAGGUUGAACAUGUGAAAGCUGAAAGGAAUCUACUUGCAGAGGUCGACAGUAAUUGUAUCGUCAAGCUGUAUUGCUCCUUCCAGGAUGACGAGUACUUAUAUCUCAUUAUGGAAUAUCUCCCGGGUGGAGAUAUGAUGACUCUACUCAUGCGCAAAGAUACACUGACAGAAGACGAGGCCAGAUUUUAUGUUGGGGAAACAGUCCUAGCUAUUGAGUCCAUUCAUAAACAUAAUUAUAUUCAUAGAGAUAUUAAGCCUGACAACUUGCUGCUCGAUAGACAUGGUCACAUGAAGUUAUCGGAUUUUGGAUUGUGUAAGCCAUUGGACUGCAGUAUUCUCCAAGAAAAGGAUUUUUCUAUGGGGAAAAACCUUAGUGGGGCGCUUCAAAGUGAUGGACGCCCUGUAGCACCGAAACGUACGCAACAGGAGCAACUACUGCAUUGGCAGAGAAAUAGGAGGAUGCUUGCUUAUUCUACUGUUGGAACCCCAGACUACAUUGCCCCGGAAGUUUUGCUGAAGAAAGGAUAUGGAAUGGAAUGUGAUUGGUGGUCUCUUGGGGCAAUCAUGUAUGAAAUGCUUGUGGGAUAUCCACCCUUUUAUUCAGAUGAACCCAUGUCAACUUGUAGGAAGAUAGUUAAUUGGAGAACUCAUUUGAAAUUUCCAGAAGAGGCUAAACUCUCUCCAGAAGCAAAGGAUCUCAUUGGUAAACUCUUAUGUAAUGUAGAUCAGAGGCUUGGAACUAAAGGGGCAGAUGAAAUUAAGGCUCACCCCUGGUUUAAAGGCAUUGAAUGGGACAAAUUAUAUCAAAUGAAGGCUGCAUUUAUCCCUGAGGUCAAUGAUGAAAUGGAUACUCAGAACUUUGAGAAAUUUGAAGAGACUGACAACCAAAUUGAAACUUCAACAAGAGCUGGUCCAUGGAGAAAGAUGCUCUCAUCUAAGGAUGUAAACUUUGUGGGUUACACAUACAAGAACUUCGAAAUUGUAAAUGAUAACCAAUUGCCUGGGAUAGCUGACUUGAAGAAGAAAAGCACAAAACCUAAGAGGCCAUCCAUCAAGUCCCUUUUUGAUGAUGAGUCGGCUACCAAUCAACCUGUACAAGGCAGCUUCUUGAAACUCCUCCCUCCCCAACUAGAAGUUCCUGAGAACCACAGUGGAUCCCAGUGAAGUGCACUGGAAUUCCACAUAACUCCCCGUGUCAGUAGAGAUCCCAACCAGAGUACGAUUCGGUGAUUGAUUUAUCGUUUGUGCGAAUGAUGGAGGGCAAAAGGCCCUCACAUUCAGAACAAGUGGUUUGGCAUUUUAGUUAGCUUUUGGGUCUCUGCUAAAUUGAUUUUUGUCAUAUAUAUUCUGCCAAGUAAAUAUGGGGUCUUUUCUUUUGGAAAUUGUUGGGUGUAUUCUUUAAUUUUUUUUUUUCUUCCAUUGUCAAGACGCAAAAAUCAGUGUACAAUUGUCAAGAUUUGUUCAUGUAUUUAACUUGUGUUGGUGAAGAUCCUACCAAUGCUUUAUAGAGAAAAUGUUUGUAACUGCCCCCGGUC